UAAACCUCCACUUCCCCUCCACAAUGAAUCCCUUCUAGUUAUUUAUUCUAUUUCAAACAAAACUGCCUGGAGAUCAGAUCGCGGCCAGCCCGAACCAACUUGACAUGUCCAAACCUCUCUCUACCCUACCUACCACCUAUCUAACAGCACCUACGCGCCAGGAUCGAGCGGCUGAGCCAAAAGUAAAACCCGGGACCGAGCGAGCCUAUCCCACCCGCAGCGCAGCGCAGCCCCCCUCCCCUUUCUUCGCUCUUGUCCAAGCGCCCGAUUUAUUUCGAGCUUGUCUACUACUGAUUGGGUCGGGGAUGGAACCCAUCAUCCGAAGACCGACUCUAUCAUUGGCUUGGAAAUGCGCGGGUUAGCUCCAUACAGUACUAAGUAUCUAAUAGGUAGUUGGCGGCGGCUUUUUCCUUUGUCCAUUGUGCGGCGGACGCCACCGGGUCCGGUUACGCGCUAAACCUCCCUCACUCAAGGAGAUUGGUUGUGUCGCAUAAUACUAACUAUGGACUGUUAGUGUUCAUUGCUAGUGUCAAUGAAUGGGUGGGUUAGCACUUAGCACUUAGCUACUUAGCACUGAGCACUUAGCUUGCGCGCGGACUAGAGAGAAUAAAAUAGCA